AGGAUUUGCAUCCAGAGCUCGGUAACCUCCGUGCGAAGCAGAAAGGGAUGUGAGAGAUCAACGGAGACCAGCAGAGGAGGGAUGAUCAAAGAUGGAGGAGUGAAUUGAGAAAUAAACAAGCCAGAGUAGGGGAAUUAAGAGCGGGGCAGCCGAGAUCGCGGUGGAGUGACAUCUCUGGUCCAGAAAACAAAACAAAACAAAACAAACAACAACAAAUCAUAAAAGUGGCAGUCGAUCAUGGGGAACGAGGCUAGCCUCGAAGGUGGAGAAGGGGGACUCUCCGGAUUGCAAGAAGGGGUUGCAGGGGACGGAAAGGGGGGUUUUAUCCAGAUCCCCGCAGGAAUGGAGGCGGAUCUGAGCCAGCUGAGCGAGGAAGAGAGGAAACAGAUCGCGGCGGUAAUGUCAAGAGCUCAAGGGCUGCCGCCUGGAAAUACCAAGGAACAUCCCCUACAAAGGAAAGCCGAUGUAGAUACAUACCAUCAGCCCAGACAGCCGGGAAAACCACCAACCCAGGGGCCGGCUGGGAUCAGUAAGAGCCAGACAGUUGAUGUGUUCAAAACGGAAAAGAUCCCACCGGGGAGAAGUCCCUCUUCAAUCAGUCUUUUAGAAUCCCGAUCGAAGCCGGAAGUCAAAGACGAGCAGAAAGCAGCCAUGAUGCCCAGUUUCCUUAGUGAGGGCAACCCCCUCAGCGCAAUGUCUUCUGUUGUAAAUAAAUUCAGUCUUUUCGGGGAUUCGGACGAGGAUGAAGCUGCCAAAAAGCAAAAGAGUUCCCAGCAACCACCAGCAAAAACUCCUGGGCAACAACCUGGUAAAGCUUCCCAGCAACCAGGUCCCAGAGCGGCCCAGCAGCAACAGGGGUCCCCUAAGCCUGGAAGACAGCAGCAAGGCUCCCCAAGACCUGGAGCUCAGCCACAAGCUGGCGCCCCCUCUGGCCCUCCGCAACAAGGGCCAGGUAAGCCUCUGACUGCACAAAAGGGUCCCACUCCACCACCAGGAUCUGGAAAGCCUACACCUGCAGGAUCUGGGCCCCAACAGCCAGUGGCUUCGGCUGCAGGCCCUCCACAGCAAGGGCCACCUAAGCCUAGUGCACAGCAGCAAGGGCCACCUAAGCCUAGUGCACAGCAGCAAGGGCCACCUAAGCCUACUGCACAGCAGCAAGGGCCACCUAAGCCUACUGCACAGCAGCAAGGGCCACCGAAGCCUACUGCACAGCAGCAAGGAUACUGCUCCUGUUUUGUCAAAGAGUGGCUGUGUCUGACUUGCCAGAUGCAAAGAGCACUGGGAAUGGACGAGUCUGCUCCUCCGGUGGCCAAGCCUCAACCUCAGCCGCCUAAACAGCCGUCCGCCCCAGGAUCUCCGCAGAGAGGCAAACAGCCUGAGCCGAGUAAAACUCCGGAGGCUCCGACCCCCUCUGCCCCUGUCAAGCAGCAGCCCACCCCAGACACCCACCAGGUGAAGCCCACAGGAGUUUCUGUGGCCCUACAGCCCCAGCCACAGAAACCGCCUGCCCAGGGGUCAGAACAGCCCCAGCCGUCACAGCAGGAGAAUCUGCAGAAACAGCCGGGGGUACAGAAAGCAACAGAUCAAGCCCUGCCUUCCGCCAUCGCACCUGGGGCGAAGCAGCCCUUGCAGGGUCCCCACACCACUCCCGUGCCUCCGAAAGCCCUUGCUCAGGCUCAAGAUCUCCCACAGCCCACUAGGCAGCCUCCUGUGCAGGACAAGAAACCCGCGCACCCCGAUCCAAAAGUGCAGCCUCAGCAGAAACCCGUGGGUGCAAAACCCACACACCCAGCAGGGGAAGCGACAGGUCGGAAGCCGAGUGACCCCGCGAAGCAGCCCCCGACACAGCCCCAAGAGCAGGCCAAAAGCGGACAGCCGAAAACGGAUCCGUCCAAAGCCGGCCGUCCGCCACAGGACCCGGGAAAAUCAGAACCCCAGAUGCCAAAAGGAUCCCCCGGACAACCACCUGCCAAAACAUCACAGCCUGCUCCGGCUCCCCCAGUUCAGCAACCUCCCAAACCUCAAGAGCAAGCCAGGCGCUUCAGCUUAAACAUCGGGAGUACAACCGAGACCCCCAAGCACCAGCCCACGACUCCUCAAGAAACGGUCACCGGGAAGUUGUUUGGCUUCGGGUCGUCGUUCUUUAGUCAAGCGUCUAGUUUGAUCAGCACUGCCGUGCAGCCAGCAGACCAGGCCACUCCUGCGCAGCCUGCUGCUGCUCAGACAGCCCCCAGAGAAACUGCCUCCGCUCAGGCUUCCCCGAAACUUGGCCCUGCAAAGAAAGACACCAAGCCCCUGGUGGCGCAGAAACCAGAGCAACUGCUUCCAGGGAAAGGCCCUGCUCCUGGCCAAGAGAAAAAACCCGCCGCCGUCAAAGAGGACAAGCCCCGCGUGGAGACACCCAAGGCAGCAGCUGGGCACACUGACCCAGCGCAGGCUCCUCCUCUGCCUCCGAAAUCCACACAGCCAAGCUGCCCGCUCUGCAAAGUGGAGCUGAACGUCGGUUCUAAGGAUCCACCCAACUAUAACACCUGCACGGAGUGUAAGAAUACCGUGUGCAAUCUCUGUGGAUUUAAUCCCAUGCCUCAUCUCACUGAGAAAGAAUGGCUUUGCUUGAACUGUCAGACACAAAGGGCUCUAGCUGGCCAGCUUGGAGACAUGGGAAAAAUGCCCCCUCCAGUGCCUAUGUCAGUGAAACCAGCUCAGCCGUCUCCCACACCCAAAACUCAGCCACCUCCUGGAAAGCAGCCAUCACUACAGAAGAGCACAUCUCAGCCAUUUGAGCCACCCAUGCCUAAACUUGCUGAAGACCAGCAAAAAGACCCGCAAGAAGCAGGACUAACUAGUGAUCCUGUUGUAGGCAGGCAAGACACAGUUUCCACUAAGCAACUGACAAGGAAGCCUUCCAUGGACAAAGUUCCACUCCAGAAGCCCAGAAAUGGUGUGCAAGCAUUAAAAAAGGAAGAUGAAAAAGUGAAACAUCAAGCUUCCAAACCCAAGGCGGCUAAAGCAGACCCUUCUCCUAAAUCAGACACAAUUACGAAGAUAACGGGUAUUUCUGGGCAGCUGAUUCAGAAAGCGGAAGAAAGCUUUAUAUCUCUGGACGCUAGUAAGAAGGUCGAAGUUAGUUCUGCUAAAGCCCUUGAAGAUAAACCUUUGUCUAAACCUCAAGAGAAAAAAGAAAUGGGAGAAGUUGGACCUGGAGCACAACCGUUAAGAAAGCCCGCUCAAGUGGAAACUGUGAAGGAGAAGCCUGAAAAAGAAGAGGACAGGUCUGACACAUCUGGUUCUUCACAGCAGAAGAGUCCUCAAGGCUUGAGUGAUACGGGCUAUUCUUCAGAUGGCAUCUCAAGUUCGUUAGGUGAAAUUCCUAAUCUUGCACCAGGUGAGGAAAAAGAACUGCUGAAAGAGCCUACGCGAAAGGAUAAGGUUGCACAAGAAAGCAGCCCUACAAGUCCUUCAGAUUUGGCAAAGUUAGAGAGCACCGUGCUUUCAAUUUUGGAAGCCCAGGCAAGCACAAUUGAGAAGGCAGGCCAAUUGAAAGAUCACUACAGCCUUUAUGGUGAUGAGGAAAGGAAUCAGCAUAGAGCUAGAACGUUACCAAUAACACCUGAAUCAUAUAGCUCAGAUGAAGAGGACCUUGCAGACAUCCAAGAGGAAGAUGAGGAAACUCUUGAAGAGGAUACUAUGGGUGAAUCACCCCUUAGAAAAGACAGCAAAAAAACUCAGGAGUCCAAGGAAGGAGGCUCAGUAAGGAGGCAACGUUAUGACUCUCUCGAAGACAGCAGUGAAAGUGAACCGUCUCCUCUUCUGCAAAGAAAAAGAAGGCUUAGUAUGGGAUCAUCAAGUAGUGAUGACUACAAACAGGAAGACAGCCAAGGCUCAGCCGAUGAAGAAGAUUUUAUUCGGAAACAGAUUAUAGAAAUGAGUGCAGACGAGGAUGCCUCCGCUUCUGACGACGAUGAUUACAUACGAACUCAAAUCAAGGAGCUGAGUGCAGAGCAGAAAAAGGAACAAGAAGAACGAAGAGGAAAAGGGAAAAGUAUAUCAGGAAAAGCCAAACGACUUACCAAAAAAAGCAGCGCCAGCCAUGAGGAUGACCCAGGAAGAAGGCAUUCAUGGCACGAAAAGGAGGAAAAAGGGUAUGACGAGACUCCCGAGUCCAAGCUAAGAGAAACCAAAAGUCAAGAGAGUGAGGAGCUCUCCCUUUCAAGUGGAGGAGGUCUCCGACGUUUCAAAACAAUUGAACUGAACAGUACCACUGCUACCCCAUAUAAAGAAGGAUCUGACAAACAGAAUUAUGAGGAGGAACCAGAGUUAGAAAUGGAGAGCUUAACUGAUUCUCCAGAGGACAGGUCUAGAGGUGAAGGUUCCUCCAGCCUGCAUGCAUCCAGUUUUACACCUGGCACAUCGCCUACAUCUGUGUCUUCUCUUGAUGAAGACAGUGACAGCAGUCCAAGCCAUAAGAAAAUGAGCGGGGAGAGCAAACAACAGAGAAAGGCAAGGCACAGAGCACAUGGCCAAGUCCUCCCAACUAUCGAGGACUCUUCUGAAGAAGAGGAGAUGCGUGAGGAAGAGGAACUUUUGAGGGAGCAGGAAAAACAACGGGAGCUGGAACAGCAGCAGAGGAAGAGCUCCAGCAAGAAAUCGAAGAAAGAUAAGGAGGAGCUCAGAGCUCAGAGGAGACGUGAACGCCCCAAGACCCCUCCAAGCAACCUUUCUCCAAUAGAAGAUGCCUCCCCUACAGAGGAAUUAAGGCAAGCAGCGGAAAUGGAAGAACUCCAUAAAUCGUCUUGUUCUGAAUAUUCCCCAAGCAUCGAGUCUGAACCUGAAGGGUUUGAAAUCAAUCCAGAGAAAAUCCUAGCAGUUCAGAAAGUAUACAAGCUGCCAACAUGUGUGUCACUAUAUUCCCCUACUGAUGAACAACAUGUUUCUAUAACCAAAGAUAUGACUGAUAGAUCCCUAAAAAGUGCUGAUGAAGUUUAUGAAGAAAUGAUGAAAAAGGCUAAAAUGCUUCAAAGUCGGAAUGAAACGGAGGAAAUGUCUGAGAAGGAGCCACUGUAUGGGGGUAUGUUAAUUGAAGAUUAUAUUUAUGAGUCAUUAGUAGAAGACACAUAUAGUGAAACAGUACCCAACACCUAUUUGGUGCAACAAGAAGAAACGAGUAAAAACUUAGUACUAGAACCUGAAAAGAAACUGAGAUCCCCUGACGAGGUUUAUGAAGAAAUGAUGCAGAAAAAGAAAUUCCUGAAAGAAAAUGAACUUUGUUAUUCACAGCCAUCAAGUCAAACAUCUGAACAAGACACUAUUUUACCAUCUCAUGUUAGCGAGGCAAGUUAUGUGUCUGUCUCCAUUAGUGAUACAGUAGACUUAUCAAAAGAUGAGAAAAAAUUGUUAGAUGCUGAUGAGGCAUAUGAAGAACUUAUGAAGCGGCAAAGAACGAUUCUGACACCUGGAACAAGCCCCACACAAAUGACCCCUGAAUUGCAUGACUCACCUGAGCUGACCUUGAUUCCAAUUGAAGAUUUCACUGGAACGACUUGUAAACAACCUUUUGUGUCAACCCAUACUAGAAGUGAAAACACAGCUACUACAGAAACUUCAGUAAGCAGCACAAUGUACCCCAUUCCUGAUGUCAAGAUUACUCAGCACUUUACACUGGAAGAAGAUUUUGAAGAAGAGUUAAUAAGUACUGAAGAAGAUCAAGGGCUCCAAAAGGCUAAACCUUCAGGUGUUCCUCCUGUUGAUCAGACUGCAGACAUAAGGCAACAAGUACCAGUUACAUGUACUACAUCUACAUCCACACCUACAGUUCCCAUUAUAUUGACAGGCCCCACCUCAGUUGUGUGUGAAAUCCCUCUUACUAAAACUACUGCAGUUUCAACAUCUGUAAUGCCUGCUGCCCCAACACUCCCACAAGAAGCAACUACAGAAUACCAGACAACAACAGAAAUGAGAGCUGCAAAACAUUCCCCCCAUAUUACUACUGUGGUGACCACAACUUCUGAUUCCACGCACUCUGUGAUAGUUGACAUAUCAUCUAUGUCAAAGCCUUCAUCUGUUGUAACAUCAGCCGGUGCUGGCCCUAUUCAAGAAACCAGACUGAGUUCUUCGAAAGAUAUUCCAUGUUCAAGUUCAACUAGCGUUUCCAGUGUGGAAGCUGUCCCUUCCAUUGUUGCCACAGAAGUGCAGUCUGCUCAGGGGCAUGUUGUUAUUUCUAUGCUUAGCUUGGAUAGUUCCACAGAUGUUACUCCCAUGAUGAGAGAAGUAUCUGUAAGCAAACCACAGGAGACUGUGAGGAGUCAGGAGGUUACUGAGCAUGUGAAGCAGAAAGAAGCAGUAACAAGCUCAGCCUUGGUUACUGCCACUCGGGUUGUUUUUGAAUCUGCUAGUAAAACUCCCUCACUCCCUUCUUCCUUGCCUAGUUCGUUUUCUAGUUCUGCAUCGUCUGUUGCUGUGGGUGUGUCACCCUUAUCCACUGUACCCACCUAUACUCCUGUUGUAUCUACAACCUUUUCUACUGCUAUCCCUACCACUCUCUCCAAAUUCCCACCAGCAACAUCUGCCACACCUGUUACCUCCAAGGCCUUCUCCCUUUUCAAAACCCCAUCUCAGGAGUCUGCAGAUUUGCCAGUUAUGAUGCCACCUCCUCCCCCUCCCCCUCCUCCCCCACCUUUGCCUCCUCCCACUCUGCCUAAGCCAUCUGUUUACCCCAAAAAGAAACCUUCAGUUUCCUCUCCUGCAGUCAUGUCAUCUGUUGCCCCCGUACCAGUGUCAUCAGCAAUUACCAUUGCGCAAGCCACUAUAACAACCACAGGCCCAAGUACAUCAUUAAAGAACACAGUGGUCAAUGCUUCUAAAAUACCUGGACCUCCUCCUGUACCACCAAAGCCUGCAUCCAUUCCAGCAGGUUUGAUGUUCAGUCACAAAACAGUGGAUGGUGUUAAGCCUCCUAUUGCCCCAAAACCAGUUGUUUCCCAACCUCCUUUAACAACUCAAGGCCCCGGAGUUACUCAAGCAAGACCUGUAGGUCCACCAAGCACCACGGCAAUGACGUUAAAUUUGAGUUUCCCAGCUGAGUGCAAAUUGGCAUCACCUACAUCCCCUAUGUCACCUUACUCAAAUAAGUCCUCUCCAAGGUAUACAAACUCUCUUCAUGAAACAUACGUGGUGAUCACUUUGCCAUCAGAACCUAGCACUCCUACAGAGUCCAUUACAACUCAAGCUCCCAUCAUUCAGGCAUUAGGUUCUCCAGCUAAACAGCAGACGCAAACGACCACAUCAUUGUCUAUGCCAUUUGCUCAGUAUACAAAGUCGAUAGAAAGCCAAGAAAUACUUGGGCCCGAUAAAUACAUUUCAAGCAUGAGUCAUGUUUAUUCAUCAAUUUCAACCUCAGCACAACCUCCUGUGUCUUUGUCUAAGGUGGUUGCACAAGUUGUCACCACAGAAGUUCAAAGGACUACGGUGUCUGUUGUCCGUGAAAGAAUACCUACCACAAAAGCCGCAAGUGUUGCCAUUACCAUUCCUCCAGAAACAACCAAACCAAAGCAUAAGGAAAACGGAAAGAUGCAACUUUCUGGAGAUGUCAUCGACCUUCGUACUUUAACAAAGCUUGAUGUGGAAAUGACUGACAAAGGGAUGGAUUUAUCAACUUCAGAUUCCAGACGCCAGUCUUUCUCAAGCGAUAGUAGCGGGCGACAGAUUAGUGCUGUUCAGCCAACUGUUGUCAAUUUGAGUACAGGAUCGACACCAGCGUCCACUCUUGCAGUUGUGACUGAAAGCAUAACAAUUGUCACCUGUACUGCUACUAUAACAUACAGCACUGCAGGUGAAAGACCUUUGGACCUUGGUUAUGGUAUGUCAAUGCCUUUGCAACUGACAACAUCCAAAUCUUUUGAACCAGUAGCCCAGAUAACUUACAGACCUUUAGAUAGUCAGGCCACAUCAACUACCAGUUCAGAGGUUCCUAUAAAUCUUUCAUUUGGAACAUCAACAAGCACUGGAACAUCAAAACCUGUCACUAUUUCUCCAGCAAGCAUAACUAAUGGCUCCAUUGAUGUCUCCACAAGCUUGGACUCUGUACAGGUUGGUGCAGUGGACCUAAGCACAGCGAAGCCUGUUCGAACUAUGGUUACUGUCGAUGAAUCCACUUCACAGGUGGUUACAGCUGUAAUAGAAGAUGAGGAGAAGCCUGUGGAUCUUACUGCGGGAAGAAGGGCUGUUUGUUGUGACGUUGUUUACAAGCUUCCUUUCGGAAGAAGCUGUACAUCACAACAGCCAGCAACCACUCUGCCCGAAGACCGUUUCGGCUACAGAGAUGAUCACUACCAGUAUGAUCGUUCUGGACCUUAUGGCAUACGCAGUUUUGGCAGUAUGAAACCCUCCAUGUCUGACACUAACUUAGCUGAGGCUGGAUUGUUUCUAUAUAAAAGCAAGAAUAGUUUUGACUAUCGAGCUGGAGUGGCAGAGGGUGCGGUAGACCUCACAUCUGGAAGACUGUCUUCAGGUGAAGUUAUGGACUAUUCAAGCAAGAGUGCAGGACAGUAUGCAGAGACAAGACAAGCAAUGUCGGGAACUGGGAUGACUAUUCCACAAUAUUCUCAAGCCAGAAUCACUCCCACAGCUGGUACACACUAUGGUGUGAAUAGUGUCUUAAGAUCUUCGAAUGGGGUUGUAUAUUCUUCUGUAGCAGCUCCAGUUCCAACCACAUUUGCCAUCACUACUCAGCCGGGAUCAAUAUUUAGUACAACAUACAAAGAUUUGUCAGGAAUGCAUACAAGUGACACCAUGCCAUCCCUUUCAACUCUUCAGAACCAGCCACUUCCAAGGUCGUAUAGUUUCUUAACAACCACAGCUGCUGAGGGCGAAGGCAUUAUUAAUCUGGAAACAAAUGCACUGAGUGCAACAAAGGAGGGGCUGCCUGUGGCAGAGAGUGACGUGGCUCUUGCAGUCACGACAGCUACCGACUCCUACACUGAUGCAUCACUAGAAGCGAUAGCAUCGUCUUUGGAAGCCUUGGCCUCUCCAAUCACCUCGGCUGCAGAUGACGCGAAGCAACAGCAAUUUCAAAUGGAGCGUGAGCUCCUGGAACUCGAGAAGUUGAAGCAGCUGCGCCUUGCGGAGGAACUGGAGUGGGAACGGCAGGAGAUCCAGAGGUUCCGUGAACAGGAGAAGCUCAUAGUCCAAAAGGAAUUAGAGGAGCUUCAGACCAUGAAGCACCACCUGCUCUUCCAGCAGGAGGAAGAGCGGCAGGCGCAUUUGAUGAUGCAGCAGGAAACCUUUGCUCAGCAACAGCUGCAGCUGGAACAGAUUCAGCAGCUGCAGCAUCAACUCCAGCAGCAACUGGAAGAACAGAAAAUUCGGCAGAUCUACCAAUAUAGCUAUGACCCAUCUGGAAGCGUUUCCCCACAGACAACUUCAGAACAGGCACUGCUGGAUUCACAAUAUACAGGUGGAGAAACGGGUCAGUAUUGGCCCGUAAAGGAUGAAACUUCAACAUCUUCGGCUGUGACAGGCAUGGAGCUUCAGCAAAACCCAACCUGGUACACGGUGCCCACAGAAGGGAUUGCUCAGUUUAUCCCUAGCUUGCCCGGGUCUGUUUCUGAAAUGCCGUUAAAAGAUGCUGAUAUUCAAGAGGAGCAGCAGCUUAAGAAAAGAAUACCAAGGUCUCAUAGAGAAUAUGAUGAGCAUGGCACAGAACUGUCUGAUGAGAGCAGAUCAUUCAAAAAAAUUGUAGACAGUGGAGUACAAACCGAUGAUGAGGAUGGCGUAGACAGAUCUUACACAGGGAGGAGAAAGAGAAAUAAGAAGAGUGUAGACACCAGUGUUCAGACAGAUGAUGAGGAUCAAGAUGAGUGGGAUAUCCCCACGAGGACAAGGCGCAGAUCCCGUUCAAGCAAGUACUCUGAAGGCAGCUCUGAGACUGGCAAGGUUAAACCGCUUUCUAAAGUGUCCAGUAUUGCAAUCCAGACUGUAGCUGAGAUAUCAGUUCAGACAGAGCCUGUAGGAACUAUCAAGAGGCCUUCAGUUAAGGCUCACAUGGAUGCCAAGGUAGAAAUCAUUAAGCAUAUUUCUGCACCAGAGAAAACCUAUAAAGGAGGAAGUUUAAGCUGCCAGACAGAAACAGACUCAGAUAAACAGGCUGGCCAAUAUCUGACAUCUCCUCAAAAAGAUAAGAAGCGUCCAACUCCCUUGGAGAUAGGGUAUUCCACCCAUUUGAAAGCAGACUCCUCUCUUCAAGUUGCUCCAUCCCCUCCCAAAUCUCCCAAGGUUCUCUACUCUCCCAUCUCCCCCUUGUCCCCCAGUAAAUCGUUGGAAUUUGUUCCCUAUGAGAAAUCCAUUGGUGAUGUAAGUCCUCAAAAAAUGUCGAGUACAGAAACAUCUAAACAACCUCCCCCUAGUCCAAGAACAAUGAAGAUGAUGCAACGAUCGAUGUCUGAUCCAAAGCCACUGAGCCCUACAGCAGAUGAAAGUACAAGAACUAAUUUCCAGUAUUCGGAUGGCUACUCGACCAAAGGCUCUCAGAGUGGUACACCUUCAGGCACACAAAAGAAAGUUAAACGAACUCUUCCAAAUCCACCACCUGAAGAGGAAACAGCUGGGGGCCAGUCUGGUUAUACGACAGUAGGUUCAGUUUCGCGCAGACGAAUCUGCAGGACAAACACAAUGGCCAGAGCAAAGAUCCUUCAAGACAUAGACAGAGAGCUCGACCUUGUCGAGCGAGAGUCUUCUAAGCUUCGAAAGAAGCAGGCUGAGUUGGAUGAGGAGGAAAAAGAAAUUGAUGCCAAGUUGAGGUACCUGGAAAUGGGCAUUAACAGGAGAAAAGAAGCUUUGCUGAAAGAGCGCGAGAAGAGGGAGAGGGCGUAUUUGCAGGGUGUUGCUGAAGAACGGGAUUAUAUGUCGGACAGUGAAGUAAGCAACAUCAGAGGGACUAGGGUGGAAAGUCAACAUGGUUUAGAAAGACCAAGAACUGCACCGCAGUCUGAAUUUAAUCAGUUCAUACCACCACAGACCCAGCCUGAACCUCAGUAUGCCCAGCCCACUAGUCCUUAUACUCAGUAUCAAUAUGCACCUCCUUCACUGCCAACACAAGCCCCUUCUCAAUAUACCCAACAGGCUCACUACCAGCAGCAGUCCCUGUACCAUCAACCAGUUUCUCCUUACCAAACCCAGUCCAGCUACUCUUCCGUGCCAACAUUGUCUUACCCUCAGGCCUCCCAACAGCAAAACUACCAGCAUCCAUCACAGAUGCUUUUAAUGCAGUCAAAACCAAGACAGACUACCCUUGCUGACCUGGAACCAAAGAUUACCACGAACUAUGAGGUCAUACGCAACCAGCCCCUCAUGAUUGUACCUUCUUCCACUGACAGUACGUAUGCAGUUCCCCACCUUGGAAGCAAAUAUAACAGUCUUGACCUGAGGAUAGGUUUAGAUGAGAGAAGCAGCAUGGCUAGCAGCCCUAUGUCAAGCAUAUCUGCUGAUUCCUUCUAUGCAGAUAUUGACCAUCAUGGUCCCAGGAACUAUGUCCUAAUUGAUGACAUUGGCGAACUCACGAAAGGCACCACAGGGCUGUCUUCUACUUUUAGCAUCCCUGACAAAGAUCUCUCAAAGGCUGACCGUCUGCUUCGCGCGGCCGAGGUGCGCAGGAGUGCCGAGGUAACAGAUUUCCUCGGCCCCCUUCAGACUUCCUCCAGACUGCACACCUAUGGGAAAGCUGAAGAAGAUCCUAUGGAGGAUCCUUAUGAAUUAAAACUCCUGAAACAGCAAAUAAAGCAGGAGUUCCGUCGGGGGACUGAAGGGCUGGAGCAUCUCUCUGGACUGCCUCACUAUUACCAUGGUGACAGCAGUUACAGACACUUUCCAAAGUCUGAAAAGUACAGUAUCAGCAGACUUACACUUGAAAAGCAAGCUGCCAAACAGCUUCCAUCAUCUGUGCUGUACCAGAAACAAACCAAACAUAAAAAAGCAUUAAUUGACCCUAAAAUUACCAAGUUUUCCCCCAUACAGGAAAGCAGAGAUUUGGAGCCGGAUUAUAGUAGUUACCUUCCUUCUAGCACCUCAGCAGUUAGUGGUCUUUCAUCCAGAGCUAGAUUACUACAGGAUGAUAUUACCUUUGGCCUGAGAAAAAAUAUCUCUGAGCAGCAGAAAUACUUGGGUUCCACACUUGGAACUAACCUUGCACAGUCUCUUGGACAAACUCUGAAUUUAGGCCCUACUAUGAGAUCUUCUCUUCAGGAUGAGCUGGACAAGCCAUAUCCCAGCGGCAGCAGGUCAAGACCUUCUUCAAGGCCUUCUUCAGUCUAUGGACUUGACCUUUCAAUCAAAAGAGAUUCGUCCAGUUCAUCUCUGAGAUUGAAAACUGAGAGCGAGCCCUUAGAUGUGUCGUACCCAUCACCUUCAGUAAGAACAAAACCGUCCAGCCUACCGAUAAGCCAGAGCAGGGGGAGGAUUCCAAUUGUGGCCCAAAACUCAGAGGAAGAAAGUCCUCUGAGCCCAGUUGGACAACCAAUGGGUAUGACCCGGGCUUCUGGUGGACCCCUUCCUCCUAUUUGUGCUGAUUCCAGGGAUCAGUUCGGCUCUAGCCACUCUCUUCCUGAGGUGCAGCAGCACAUGAGAGAAGAUACAAGGACCAGAGGAUAUGACCGGGAUAUCGCAUUCAUAAUGGAUGACUUCCAGCAUGCAAUGUCAGAUAGUGAAGCAGGAGGCACUAGCUGGGAUUUAGAAGAAUGUGAUCGCUACAAAAAAACAUUUGAAUGCGCCAAGAAUACAUUGGGAUGCAGCGUUCCACAGCAAAAUUACGCUUACCACCUGCGCCGGGAGGAGACUGAUUGGUUUGACAAGCCUCGUGAUUCCCGCCUGGAAAAUGGGCACGCUGUGGAUCGGAGGCAAAGUGAUAGAACAUCACAUAGCAGACAAAGCCAGCACCAGCAAGGAGAGACCAAGCCUGUUCAGUACAGUUUUCCCAAUAUUCGUGUGAAACUGCAGAAGGAUCCAAAAGACCACAGUGUAUCAGGCAGUGGGUUAGGUAUCAGAAUAGUAGGUGGAAAGGAAAUUCCCGGAAACACAGGAGAUAUUGGAGCGUACAUUGCCAAGGUCUUACCUGGAGGGACUGCUGAACAGACAGGAAAAAUUGUCGAAGACCAGGGCUCGGGACUUGCUAUGAGGGGCGGGAGUGAGCUGGAGAUGUCUUGGAUCUAG